AUGCCGGCAACCAAGGGACUUCUGUUUAAGCGCUAUGUCCGAAUCGAGCUAAAUUUGUGGCGACGGACAGUGUUCGAGAUUAUCACCUUGGUGGUUAUGGUCCUAGCGAUCCUUCUUAAUCCCAUUGCCCACUCCAAGAAGCUUCUAUAUACGGAUUCCGAAAUCGAAAACGAACAGAGCAUCGUGUCGCACAAGCUUCAAGAUAUCAAUAUAUUGACACGAAUGGCUGACUCAAAGCGGGAGAAAACCAAGUACAGCCUGGUCUACACUCCAAAAACGCCGUUUUCAACAGAGUUGGUCAAGAAAGUGGCCAAGACGCUGGAACUGAAUUCCACCGCGGGCUAUGAUGACGAGGCCGAGUUAAUGAAUCAGUUUGACGAGCGGACAACCCUGGCGGGCAUUGUAUUCCGUGGGUCCAUAGCUGAGGGCACCCCUUUAACGCUAUCCGUUUCGAUUCGCUUUCCCAGCGAGUUCCGGACAAUCUCUUCGUUUCUUACGGAGGAUCGCUUGUGGAUAACUCGCUGCUCGGGUCGCAUUAAAUCCGGACGGGAUCGGGCCAAAAGCGAUAAACAGCAGGAUAUAUAUAUUCGCGAGGGAUUUCUUCAGCUGCAGCAUCAGAUCUUUGUAGAGUGGUACCAUCAAUUGCGCAUGGAAUUUGUCACCAACUAUCCGGAACCCAGUUUCGAGGUCUUCAAUAUCCUGCUGAAAGCCGCCGAUGAACCCUGCUCUGUAAUGAGUGUCGCACAGCUGCCUACAUUCUUCUAUAACUUCAUAUACCUACUGCCCUUCCUGAAUAUUAUUAGAAACGUGGCUGCCCAGGUCCAGGAUGGUGUGAUGGUUCAUCAGUGGCAUUAUGGGUACUCGUUUGGCCUGCAAUGGGGACUCAAGUUUUUGGUGCUUUUUCUGAGAAUGUGCAUUUUGGGAGCCAUAUUUAUACUUAUGAUAUUGUCAUUUUGGGCUUUUGGUGGACGGGACGGGGAAGUUUCGGGCAAGGGAAUCAUAGGUUUCAUCUGCUUUGUCAUAGUAUAUACCGUGGAGAUCAUUAUCACUGGAAUGGUGGUGGCGAAACUAUUUGCAAAUCCCACCAAUGCGGUUCUGUUCGCCCUAGUGCUUUGGCUUUUCAUGUACGCAGCUUUCUGCAUUAUAUUGGAACGUUAUUGGGACAUCCACAAGUACUAUGUGUUCUUCAUCCUUGUGGCCUUCUGCAACUGUCAGAUGCACUUUAGCAUGAGUCUAUUUAGGAAUUGUAUCGAAGACCCGGGUAUAGUCCAGACAAUUGAUUUCGUAGUGAUAUUCACAUCGGCCAUUAGCUCGGCGUUGAUAUACUUCUUGAUUCUGUUGGCGAUACAGUGGCGAAUGCCAGGCACGUUCCUGAGUCGACGGAUAGUUAACAACAGGCCCCGGAAGCAGAGAGAGUCUGAUGCUGCCAUUAUGUAUGUGGGAAGGGCUCCCAGUUUUCUUAACUUCGAAUUCGGCGAUGUGGGUAGUGAAGAAGUAAUGCGGUUGAACCAUGUUAGCACCACACAUCGUGAUUCGGAGCGAAAGAUCUUGAAGAACAUAUCUAUGCGGGUCUAUAGUGGGGAGGUGUUCGUGAUCCUCGGGCAUAUUGGUUCCGGUAAACUGACUCUUUUGAGGAUUAUGGCUGGCCUCAAGUUUCCCCUUCGCGGCAGUGUAACAAUUUUGGGCAAGCACUUUAAACCCCAUGGUGAAGUCCGUCGCAUGGUUGACUUCCGUUUCGAUGAGCAUGGACUUAAUAAGCACUUGACCGUGGAGCAGACCAUCGACUACCAUGUCCGUUUAAAACUGGCGCCCAACGAACUGGAUCGCUACGAAAUUGAAAAGCGAAAAUGGCUGGCCAUACUCGAUCAGCAUAUCGAAAGUCGGAGGACUCGGAUCGGAAAGCUGAGUCCGGCCUCUCUGAAACUUGUGGCUUUAUGUUGUUGCUUGGCGGGUGAUACAAAAAUUAUUAUCCUGGAGGAGCCCACCAUUGAGCUGACGGGACGGGAGGCGCAGGUGUUUUGGUCGAUAGUCAAUGCCGAGAAGGACAAUAGAGCCUUUAUCAUAUCCACCCACAGUGUUGGCGAGGCGGAGCAUGCCGCAGAUCGCAUAGGAAUUCUCAGCCUGGGCGUCCUGGAGGCCAGUGGGACACCCUUCUUCUUGCGUGCCAGGUUCAGCAGUAAUGUGGAACUGGUCCUAAUCAAGAAACCACAUGUGCCUGAUCAGCCGAUCACUGACUACAUUAACCAGUUUAUGCGUAAUGUUGAGCCAGAAAAUGAGAUCGGCGAUACCCUAACAUACAGAUUGCCGGUUGUAUAUCGGCCAAGGCUGCAGAAACUUUUAAUUCACCUGGAAAUCGAUCGCAAGAUGCUGGGCAUCGAAAAUGUGAGAGUGGUUGGAGCGGAGCUCUCUGACAUAUAUAUGAAGUUGGUAACGUCAUUUCGACUGCAGCAACAGAUAAUCACGGAUGUCACCCAAACAUUUAAGUACCAGGUUGUUUCCCAGAAGCAACUAUCCAGACAACGGAUGCGCGCAAUGUUCUACAAGAAAAUGAUUCACACGGCGCCAAAUGUCUGGCCCAUUAUCAUGAUCUUCACCAGCUUUGUUCUGAUUGCUAUCAUUGCCCGGUUAUCAGUACUGCUCGACAUGCCAAAAGUGCGUCAAAACUCGAUUCACAUUGGUUUUAUGGAAAAGGAGGAUGUGGGCAAUACUAUUCCAGAUUUAAGGGAGUGUGGCUACAUAGACAUCCGAUCAGCGGUGAAGGUUCAUAAGACAAGGAGCGUUGAUGUCUCCAGAACUUUCGAUGACAAAUCGUUUGCCUGCGAAAAGGGCAACUAUCGGACAGAUCUGAAGAAGAAGAGCGAACUGAGUAGCUUCGGCGCCGUGGAGGCGGAUGGCGUACAGAGCCUUAACGGCUAUAUAACCCAGGAUAUGUUCCACUCGGCUCCCAUGGUGCUCAAUCUGAUGCACAAUGUCUUCCUUAGGCUUGCAUAUCCAAAUCAAAAUAACUUAGCCACCCUCGUCGAGAAUCAUCCGAUGCCCACGCAGUUGUCGCGGAAGGUCAACGUGCUGGAUAACAAGAUCGCUCACAUUCAAGUCCCAUUGGUCGUUGGCUGCAUCCUUCCGUUGACUGUAUCAGUUUUCGUAAUCCCCCUGGUGGAAGAGGAGCUAUAUAACGUCCGAUUCCUGCAGCAUAUGGCAGGACUUGGCCUGAAGGUCUAUUGGGGAAUUAAUUUGUUUUGGGACUGGUUCACCUUCUUCAUAUAUUCGAUUAUUAUUGUGGUAAUCAUGGGUCUAAUGGGCAUUGGCGGCUUUGGGUUUUACGAAAAUUCUAUUCUGGUGCUCUUACUGUGUUUCUUUGGACUUGCGGCGCUGCCGCUCACCUAUCUGGUGUCGAUGUUUGUAAACAAGUCGAUUGUCCGGGCUUUUCUGGUUUCCGUACUCCUGCAGGGUGUCUCCGGCCUGGUGCUCUACAUCAUCUACUGGGACGUGGCGAACAGCAAUACGAUCUUCUUUUACAGCGCCUGCAUGUCGCCAGGAUUCUCGUUGCUGGACGGAAUAAGCCUUGUGUAUGCCCAGUGUCUGGAGCGAGCGAUCUGCAAGGACAAGUGCCAAGCACACGCCAGCUGCACAGAAGACAACAUGUACGAGGUGGUCCCCAAUUGCCAAUUUGACACUCAUUUCCAGUGGGCCUCCCCUGGCAUUUUACCCGCCAUUGUUUACAUGAUAUUGUCCGCCAUCCUUUUCUUGAUGCUGAUUUUCUGGAUUGAACUGCAUCGCAGAGAGAAGAAGUUUCAUACGCCCACGGACCUCCGUAAAAUGAGGACCGCUACUUAUCCCUUCGAUGAUGGCGAUGUGGCGGACGUGAAGCUAAAAAUAGCAGAAGCCGAUGCUACAAAGGCUAAACAGUCUGUCUUCUUGGUGGAUCAGGUGGAGGCCAAGGUUCCAACUGCAGGAAAGAAAAUCAACACUGUUUCCUUUGCCUUAAACAAAUACAUGAGUAUGGGCAUCUUUGGGCCCCGUAACUCCGGAAAAAGCCAUUUGAUGCGGCAGUUAGUGGGCCAGGAGGGAUUCGCCUUUGGCGAGAUCUACGUACGUGGUCUCGACUUUAAGUACGAUCUGGAGAGUAUCCACACAUACAUGGGCUACUGCCCGCAGCACAGAGGACUUCUAAACGCUUUGACUCCUCGUGAGCACAUUAGACUGUUGUGCAUGAUUCGUGGUGUUCCGGAGACGAAGAUUGGCGAGAAGAUGCACGAUUUAUGCCUGAUGCUCAACAUGACCGGUUGGAUGCAUCGGAAGUGCAGUUUGCUGACGGCGGAGAAGCGGCAAAAGUUGAAAAUCGCGCUGUCAUUGGUGGCCUACAAUAAGAUCCUUGUUUUGGACGAGCCCACGUGUGGCAUGCCGGCAACUACUAGGAGGGAAAUCUGGAAUAUCCUUCGAUACAUCCGAUACUGCGGCAAGACUAUAAUUUUCGCCACCAACGAUGAACUGGAGUGCAAGAUUCUGGCGGACUUCAUUAUCCUGUUUCAGGACAGCGAGAUGCUGGCUAUCGGUAGCCUGCAAUAUUUGCGCUACAAGUACAGCCAUGGAUUUUAUCUUGAGGUCCGCCUCAUCCGCGAUGGAGCCACCGUCGCCGAAUCGGAGGAGAAUUUGCGUAAGGAUGUCGAGAACUUGGCCAAGUUUGUUAACUUUUUGCACAACAGGUCUGAGCUGGUGGGUCGCUUGCACAAUUGGUUCAAGUUCUACGUGCCCGUGGGCCAGAUUGUCUACUCGUUUCUAUAUGGCGCCAUGGAAAAGAACAAGUUGCGUCUGAACGUUAGUGACUAUUGCAUAUAUCAGGCGGACAUGAUCAAUGUGGUGGCACAGGUUCAGGAGACAAGGGCCCAGUUAAAGCACCAUAUAGUCCAAACGGAGGGUCCACUGCCCAUGGAACCUGUACCAAGCAAAAAGGCAAGCCACCCUAAGCGCAAGGGCAAAAAGUAAUGUAGAGCCAUUGUUGGGAAAUAACAAUAUAUCGUCAAGUUUGUUUUAAUGUAAAAUACCAUAUACAUAUGUACGUUUAUAAACCGUUUUACCAAAGUGAAAUUAUUUAAUUUUCUGACAAUCUAUUAGUCUGUAUACGUGUGAACUUAUGUACCUCUAAAACACUAAAAUUACAAAUUAAAUGUAAAUGUUGAUUUAAUAAUUGUAAUACUAAAUUCUAUAACACUAAUUCAUUUUCUGUUAUAUUGUUAUACAUAAAAAUAUGAAUCGAAAAUACUCGAAGGUCAAUGUCUGGCCUCGGCUAUCCAGACUAAGCACCUCGAAAUUGUGGGCUUUCCCGUUUUGAAUAAAUUACAACUGGGCUGGCUGCA